AUGAUUAAUAAUACUAAGGAGAACACCGAUCUGUGUACCCCUGAACAAGACAACUGGGUGCAAUGUGAUCGGUGUGAAAAAUGGAGGAAGCUUCCCGCCUACAUUGACAUGAACAACUUGCCCAAAAUAUGGUACUGUAAUUUGAAUGUGGACCCUAGAUAUAAUUCUUGCGAUAUAGAAGAGGAAGUAUCUGCUUAUAAUUCAGAUUGGGGCAAACAUCUUCUUGCAGGGCACUUCAAUGCUGGAAAUGUUGCUAGUGAGCUGGAGAGGGGUUUACACUCAAACGGUGUUAUUCUUACCGAUGGACGCAGCAACAUGGUUAGUGCCAGUCACCCCAGUGCUCGCGCUCAUCAUAUCGAGGAUCAGUAUUCAGUGGGGGCAGAAUCCUUCCACGCGAGUAGUUCCCACGGCGAUGUUACUAAGGCGUAUGAUGAGGCCAACCCAUUUGUGAUCAAGGGAUCCCACCAUAGUAAUGUUAACCGUAGUAGUGGUAACCAAGGCAGCAAAAACCACUACAGUGAUGGCAAAUCUUCCUCUUCUCUCCCCUCGAGGGAGUUUUUCAUCCAUGGACAAAAAACUCCCGCGGUGGCACUACCUAACAAUGUUGCAUUCGCGUUUGGCAGCUCUGAGGAUGUGAGUGGUCCUAGGCGUGGAAGCAAAAAUACACAUAUGGGAAGUAACUAUAAAUGUGUGGAAGGCCAUCUCGGCAUGCACACCACGGAGGUCAGCAUAAACACGAAAGGGAAGCGCGAGAAAGAAGGCGGGAUGUUACCGAAGAAGCCACUCAAGCGGAAAGAAGGGGGAAAGGGCAGUGGAAAUCCAACGGGGAACAAUGCAAAUCGUGCCGUGACCACCCCCAUCCCCAACCACGUUAAUGCUAAUAACAGUUAUUUGAAGCAGGCUGAGGGGGAAGAUGAACAGCGCACCCCCCACGGCGAGCCAGGAGAGGACAUCCCAAAUGUAGCCACCAAAAGUUGGAAGAAGAAAAAUAAGGACACCAAUAAGGUCACCAAUAAGGGCACAAAUAAGGGCACUAAUAAGAAGGCCUAUAAGAAUGCUAAUACGAAUAGGCGGAACGACCUGCUAGCCCGACACAAACGAAGCAACAGUGAUGGAGAGAUAUAUGAGAACCAGAGACGGAAAGAGGAGUUUCCCCUACACAGGAUGCAUGUGAGCGACACGGAUAUGAACACAGCAGGCAACAUAAAAAGGUACAAAAAUUUUAAAAAGAAGGGAAGCAGCUGCGCCACCCCGUUUUAUUCCUUUAUGCACUCAAUCGUUAACAUGAAUUUGAAAAACAAAAAUAAGAAGCCUUUGGGGAAGGAAAAAAAUAAAAAGAGGGGAGAAGAAGAAGCCCCGAGGGGAAUUUCGACCGUCGAAGUGAAGGAGAAGACGGAAGGUAGCGAUUCCAAUGAGAACAGGGUUAAAGUGCCAACAGAUAAAAAAUAUGCUAAGAAAAAGAAAGGAAAAAAUGGCGAUGCGGAUCAGGGAGCAACCGGUGGCAACGUGGAGAGAAAAAAAACCCAGAAAAAAAAAAAAGACCCAGCGAAUGGACAAGCGAAUCUCCAGCUCAACAACCACCCACAGAGCGCUGUUAACUACAAUAGGGAGGUGUCAAACGAGGGAGGCAUCCUCCAGAAUGAUAACUGGGAGAAAGCGAAUCACCGUUUUGCCAAAGGUGAAGAAGAAGCGGAAGAAAUGGACCAUCUAAACAAUGGGGUUCUCUCCCACGCACACGUCGCGCAAGAUUAUAUCACCGUGCCAAGCAAGCCCCUCGAAUUAGGAAAGAAUAACUCACCCAAGAAGGGACACCAAGAUGUACCUUUUGGGAGUGUUCCUUCCAAUGACCAAGCCACUUACGCAUUCCCGACUGAACUGAACAGUGUCAUCGUGGAAGAUGCCCGUAACUCCACCGGGAGAGUAGAUCCAAACAACAACAACAGCCAAACAGUGAUCGAAACGAAUAACACCUCCAACAAUGUAGUUAAUUGGGUCCAGUGUGAAAGCUGCAGAAAGUGGCGAAAAGUGGACGCACAUAUUGACAUCAACCUGUUGCCAGACGAGUGGUAUUGCUCUCUUAACUUCUGGAGCAAAUACAACAACUGCAAAAUGGAGGAGGAAGUAUAUAUUGAGGAAAAUCUGAACCCAGAAUUAGAGCAUAGCUUCGACAAACCAGAACAGGGGGUAGUUAAGGAGGGGGAAGUCAUUCCCUCUAUGGCAGGUCCAGAAGUAGACAAAAAGGGUAAGGGAAAUGAGAAGAACCAGCUGAGCGAAGGAGCUAGGAAGAAUGAUCACCCAACAAAGGGGGGGGAUGCUCUGCAAUUCCAAGAAAGAACCGACCGCGCAGGGAAAACAAAAUCAAGUAAAAAGAAUCGAAAUGGCAACAAUGCGAUGAUUAGAAAUAGUGAUGUAAUCAAAACGGGAGCAAAAAAAAACACCGUGUCGAGUAAGUCAAAUAAAAAAGCAGACAAAGGAGACGAUUCUUUCGAAGAACAUGUGAUAGGCAACAGGAUGGAUAACUUCCAAAGUGACAUCUUCAGGGAAUAUGAACUUCUGGACACUCUAAGCGCUGACCAGUUUUAUAACCCCCUCAUUAAGGAGAGUUAUCGCCUGCCAAUGAACUGUGGAGAUGUGAAAACUCCCCUUUUCAGGGCUAACGAUGGAGAAUACAACCCCUGCAACGAUAGUGACAUAAUAAUGGGCUAUGGCAAAAGGACCGAGACUCAGGAGACGCAGGAGACUCAAGAAACGCAGGAAGAAUUGUUUAAUAGCUUGUCGCGCGUAACCUCGGGGUCGCAUAAAAUAGAUACGCCAGUGCAUUCAAAAAGGGGCAAAUCUUAUAAAAGUGAACUGCAACGAAGCAGUAGUUUCCUCGUGGGGAAGGAAAAUGGCCUCCUCGAGGGGAAUCGCUCAGCAGCGUACGACGCAGCAGCGAACCUCAUUGAAGCCACCCUCCGUGAAGGAACAUCACAAAGAGGAAGCAACCCCAUGGACUUAUUACAGGGUUCCAGAAAAUUCCGGCAUUCGCUAAACGACGGAAAAUUAAGUUACUACGUAAACAACGCCAAUAUUUUUAAGAUGUUUUACUCUUUGCCAAAAUAUGAUUAUCACUUGGAUGUAAGGGACAGUACAGUCAAUGAGGAGGUCUUUCCAGAGACCCAUAUGGAGAAUCAAAACGCAGGCGAGAACACUUGCCAUCCCUCUGUCCAUCCCGGUGCCCAUUUGUCGUAUUACUCCUUCGUGUGCUCAAACCAACGGGAGGCGAAGAGGUGCAAUUCGUUUGACGUGGGGGGCAGUACCAACGAAGUCACCACCACCGAGGCGAACAUGAGGAACCUCGGGGAGCGAAACUACCUCUCCGACAGCGUCCUCCAAAUAAGGAGACGCAAAAGCGAGUUCAUAAAGAAGAAUAUCCAAUACCGUUACGCAGAUCGAGUGUCCAAACCGUGGAAUUUUCUGCAUCAUGGGAGUGAAGAUAAUCACCAAGGCGGAACACCCCCUGAAGAUUACUCUUCCCAGAGAUACAGCUAUUCUUAUGCAGCCAUCAAAAGUGAAUUCAGAUCCUCCUACCCUGGGGCACAACCUGCUCUCUAUGGGAAAAAGAUCGUGAGAUACGUUUCGCCGCGGAUGAGGAAGAAUCAUUAUGUGAACCACUUGGACAGAGUGAACACCACCGUGGAGAGUUACCCAGGAGGCCAUGAAGAGGACAUUGCAGAAGGAAACGAUCGUGAAAACCGCUGCCAGUACCGCUAUGGUGAUGAUCACCCCAGGGAGUACACCAGCGAUGACGCCGAGCUGUACGACAUACUGGUGCAGAGAUUGCAGAGCGAUAAAUACAAGGGAACUGUGAUCAACAGAAACGUUGAUCUUGGGCUUCCCUAUGGAACGUAUGGAAGGAGGGCAACAGACACUGACGCUCUGGUGGCGAACUAUGAUGACAUCCACGAGCAUAAUAACACCGACGGGGGGAUAAUCAAGGGAAGUACCAUCAACCCUAACGAUGAUGCACAAAUGGGAAGCAAUUUAGACGGGGAAAAGAGUCCCCAAUUUAACUACUUCCAUCACAGGUGGGCGAAGAAAAACAGAGGAGACAGCAAUUAUAAUGCGAUGAGCGUAACCAACCAACUUAAUGAAGAGAAGGAUGACAUAAUUCCGUCCCACUACCUUCGUUACAGUAAGGGUGACACAAAAGAGGAAGAGCUACAGGACGUGCAGAAUUAUCCUCUCUCCAGUAUGAACAAGGACGCCCGUGUUGGUGUGAUGGACCCCAGUUGCAGACCAUUUAACCAUUUCAAAACUUUACCGAAUGGAGCGAAGAGGAAUACCUUUUUGGGAAGAUCAAGCAUUUUCAAAGGAGAAGAAAAAGAAUUCAGUCAAUACACUAAUGAGAUGGACCUAUUGAGCAAUGCCUGUCCGCAGAUAUACACAAAUCGAAGGACCGGAGAUAACCUUUUGCCGCGACUAUUAAAGAGCAAAUCCUUGAGUAACCUUGAAAAAAGGCCAUACUUCCAUAUGGAUGCAAGUGAGCGCAACUUUCUUCCCAUUAACAAUAACAACAGGAGCAUACCGAAGAGCAGUUCGUACAAUAGAAUAAACUCGGGUGACUAUUUUGAUCUGCAUCGAGGAGGAUUUUCCAGUGAUUACUACAUGGUGAAAAAUGCCAUGGGCAGUCAGAUGGACAACUCCAUGAGGUACAUGUUCUUAAGUAAUUAUUACGCCAGAUUGGGAAGUGAAAAAAUCGAUACUUCAAUGGAAAGCCACAUGAAAAAUUUAAAUUCGGAUGAUUAUAUGAAGAUAAGAGAGUACCUCCGGAGGGGGAGAAGAGAUCAUAUCACGCAAGGCGAUUAUUAUUGUUUAAAAAAUGGCAGUAAGGGGGAAGCACAAGAAGAACAAAAACAACAGAAGCAGCCGCAGCAACAACAAGGUCGUACCAUUAAAGGGUCCAUCUCCCCAAGUGAUCAUUCCUUUCUUAGGAGCAGCUAUCUUGGUAGCCUCCCCAAUGCAUACUCGUUUGACAAACUGAUGAUGAAAAUCCCCCGCAGUGAAGACAUCGAGGAGAGCAACCGUAGCCACCCCAGUGAAGCUGAAAUAGGAAUGGGAUUUACCAGCGUUGCCUACAUGCCCACAGGAGCGAACACCACAGCGAAUGAGAGUAAGCAGAUGAAGAAGAACGGCCAAGCGAGACUGGAGAAAGGUGCCCACAAGAAUUCUCUCCUCCUGGGCAGAAGCGACACGAAAAGUAGGACAACAGCCAAGUGCACCUCACACGGUAAGAGACCCCCAAACAGUAAUGGGAGGAAUGCCAAGAUGAAGAGCAACGAAGUGGGCAGCGUCAGGGCCCAGCCAGUGAGCGUUACCACCAGAAGGAAAGCAAUUGACAAGGGCACGGAGGAGAGAAAGAAGCAGGAAAAGCAGGAUAAACAGGACAAGCCGGAGAAGCUAGAUCAACCGGAGAAACCCAGCAAACAGGACGAGCACAACGAGUACAUCACGUUCAGCAUGGAUUACAACGAAAAUAAAAACAUCAUUAAGGAACUCAUUCGAAAUAGAAGCAACCUGCUAGUUGGUUCAUCCCCCAGGGGCACUAUAUUGUCCGGGUCGUCCCACGUGGAACCGCUACUGCACGGCAGCACCACGAAUAAUAGCGAGUCCGUUGAAGGAGGACAAAUAAAAACAACUAUAUUGAAUGCCAGAAAUUUGAAGAAGCACAUCCUAAGCAACCGAGUAAUCAUAUACUCCAAAGGACUAGCCCUCGCAUACAAUGUGGACGAAAUUAAUAAAAACAGCAUUUUCUUUUACACCUUUGAAGAAAGCAACAUCACCAGUAACUUAAAUAAUGGCACCUCUGUGAAGGAUUUUCCCACGAGCAUUGUGCCAAACCACAACGGAAACACCACCACCAACAUUAACAGCAGUGCCAAGCACAAAAGAAGUUACGACGAUUUUAAUAAAGAUACACAGAAACAAGCUGCAAACACCAACAUAUAUUUCAAUUAUGCACACAAUAUCAAUUUUAGUGAAAAAAAAUGUACAGAUAAGAGUAAAAACAAGAAAGUGACCACUUGUGUACUUAAUUAUAAUUACCGGAAAAUAAUUGAGGAAGUUGGCGUCUUUAACGAGAGCAUGAAGUUGCAAAUACCUCAGUUGAAAUAUAAGUUUAAAAGGUAUGUUAAUGUUGAGGAGGAUAAGAACGAUGGGAAGAAGAACGACGAGAGUAAUGCCGCGGAAGGAAUAUCACAUCACACGGCAAGUGACCCGCAUGCGGUGAAUGCAAAGGUGCAGGGCGAAGCCAUUCCUACCUCCUGCAGCAGUACCGGCAUGAAAAAGAAGAAGGACAAGAAGAAGAAGGAGAAGAAAACAUCCCUCCCAGACGGAGGUGACGAAGAGACAGAUGCAGGAGAAGCCGCGGGAAGGGGCCACGACGUUGUGCACAUAACGAACCACGCCGCGGGAGCGACCCUCUUGGGCAAAGGCCCCUUGGGCAAUAACCAGCACGCGGCCAAGAAGAAAAAAACAGUGUUGAAGACGCCAAAGGAGGGACCCUCCAUCGGAUUGCCUCUAAAAGAAGAAAAGGGGUCGAAGAUAGGCAAACCGUCCCCCCCACUUGGUAAGAAUCCCUGUGGGCACGAUUCCUUGAAUGGGUUCCCCUCAUUGGGCGAAAAUCAGAAUGCAGAUCAAAGUAAUCCCUGCGGGAAUCCCGCUCCCCCCAUACGGAAUGGUAGCAAUAAUAGGAAUGGCAAACAUGAGGCACACCAACCGUGGGAGUCGUAUGUGUCUCCUCAACACCGAGACGAUGCUAACAGAGCAAAUGGCCGGAUCAACCCAGAUGUUAAGGAAGACAUCCCCGCUAGCCAAUCCAAAGCGAACAAAAAAACGAGCAAAGGGGUGUUCAGGGAGAGGAGCUUGACCAAUAGGGAAACAACUCAAAGUGACCAAAGUAGCAAACAAAAGAAAUCAAAUGAGAAGAACAAAAAAAUGAUGCCAAAAAGUGCACAAAAUGGUAUGGACGAAGAAACUCGCGUGGUCGAGAAGAAUGACAACGGUGAGACGAAUGAAACGGUUGCCAUUUUGGAUGAAGCUGAACACGAUCCAAGGAAGAACCGCGAUGUGGAUGCCCCCCUUGGGAAAAAUUCGAAGGAAAAAGGCGAGAAGAACAAAAAGGGCGCAGUGCGAGCAGCAGGAGGGCUGCCACAGGGCGAACACGAAAAGAAGGAGCAAAGUGGAGACGAGAUUAAGAUUAACCCCAGUGGGAAGGAAAAUACAAAGGGUAGCAACGAUGGUGGAUGCCCCCCUUUUGACGAAGAAGAAGCGGAGGAAGCAGCGUAUAAUAACCCCCAGGGAGACACACACUACGAGGGCGACCAUGCUGGUAAGAGGAAAGACAAUUACAAAAGAAGCCAAGUCAACCAAAUAAGUGAUGUGAAAAAGGAACAACAGUCAUAUUGUUUGAUCUCCGCUGCCGAAUCGUCCAAACAGCACGAUGAGGACAAGAGCGAUUAUGAAGUUGAACCAAACGAAGCACAGAAGAACGACUGUGGUCGUGAGGAUGGUAGCAAUUCUGCUGCGUUACUAGAAAACAAAGCCUCUGGUGAUAUGCUGGAUGGAGAGAACAAAGCGGCGAGUGACCAUCACCGAAACGUUUAUUCAAUGGAGGGAAACCCUGUUAGUCUAAAGAAGAAAAAGAAAAAUGUAGAUAAAGACACAGGUAAUGUCGAUGGAAUUUCCCCCUCUGAAACUGACACACGCGUACCAAUAAAAAGAAGGAAGACAGCCGAUGAGAAGAAUGAACGGUCAGAUGAAAAGCAUAAGAAAGAGGAGACUACUCCAACACACGAAUUAGCAGCUGUCAAAAGGGACAGUAAGGAGAAUGAGGAAGAAGAAGAAAAACAAGAAGAAGAAGAAGCAAAAGAAAACUGCCAUUCAAAAGAUUCAGACCAACGAAGCAGCCUUAAGAAGGAGGGGCACUCUUCAGACAGUGAAAACGUAAAGGGGGAAAAUGACACCAUGGGUAUUCUGUCGAACCCAUUGUUAACAGAGAAGCUUCUUCAUCGUAGGAAGGCUCGCGCGAAAAGAAUAAUUUCGGACGACGAUGAGGAUGAUGAAUGCGAAGUGGAUACCCAGAAGAGCCCCAAUGGGCUAGAAGCAGCAGGGCCGCAACGGAAUCCUCGAGAAAGGAAUAUGAAUAAUGAGGAAGUCGAAAAGGAUACAUCGUGCCAUAAGGAGGCUAAUAGGAGCCAUCGCGAAGGGGUAAUGUCACACGAGGAAAAUAAUCAUCAUGCUUAUCGUGAGAAAGGUACUUGUCGCAAUCGUAAAAUAGAUGAACAGCUAAAAGGUGAUGGUGGAGCGAGUAGGAAUGAACCAGAACAAGUGCUGCAUCACCGGAAUGAAACGGUCCCUCUACACAAGGAGAGGCAUUCGCCGUAUAGUCCUAUCAGAAUGGCCGAUCGUUAUGAUGAAGAGACGCAAAAAGGAGACCAAAAGGAAGAGUACACAGCGAUGAUACCCAAGAGGAUGCAAAAGGAACAGGACAACGAGUCGUCUGCGACAAACAAAAAUGAUGCAUUCGAAGAGGGAGAAGCAAACGAAUGGGUUCUUCACCCACACGAGCGUGGCGAAGGUGACCCCAAGGGUUACAGCAAGAAACCAAGAGUACACGACUAUGAGCAGGAUGGAGAUGAUACAAAACGGUGGGGGCACAGCACCAGGGAGAAUUAUGUAAAGGGUGGUUAUGACCAUAGUGAGGAGGGGCGAAAUGAAGAGAGGCGAAGUGUGAACGGCCAGGACAGCCAAAUUUCGCACUCCCCCUCCAUCGAUAGGUGCCAUGAUGAGCUCAUCGGCAGGUACAUGGGUAGGUACGGCGGCAGGUACAGCGGUAGGCCUAUCGGUGGGCACGGCGAUAGACACAGCGAUGAGUACUUCCACAGAUACAGAAAUAAGUACAGCGAUAAGUACGACAACACACACCUUGACCGGCCGGGAAAAUUCGACCCGUACCCGAAGCAACACUCGGAUAUGUACGAUCGCAGGGACAGAGACUACACGGGGUACAACGGGAAUCCUCCGAGGCACGAAACAUAUAGAAAGUAUGUGAACGACUACGAUUACUAUGGACGAUUCGAAAAGCACAGUCGAUACGGGGAGCACGACCUGGAUGGAAAGCCGAACCGCUAUGAUAACCGAGAAGACAGAUACGAUCCAAGAAACGGAAGGAUCGAAGAAAAUUUGAGGAGGCAUGAAAACGAAAAAUUUAAAAACGUUAACUGUGAUAAGAGGCAUCAUACUAACAUGACCAGUCGCAACAGCAACCGCACCUCUCUUAACCGAAGCAGAAGCCAUGCGGAAGAUGCAGAGCGGGAGUCCCCAAAUGGGAAUUAUAAAAGGGAAAGGGAGGAACGGGAACGACUCGAAGGAAUAGCAGGCGAACAGAAAAAUAACAACUACACAAGGUACGCAGAAAAAGAAAAUCGGUACGACUAUUUGGAGAGCGACUACAAAGGAGGCUACGUGGACAACGAUAAGGAUGACAGCUAUUUUGGCAGAAGGAUUAAACAGAGUAAUCACAACUUUGAGAAGAAUGAGCCCAAGCAUUAUGCGAGUGUCCACAGCGGAUACGGAAGUCAGGGCGCCAAGUUUCAGCGGCAUCGUGCCUACGAUAGCGGCUACGAUGGAGGCUACCAUGACAACCACUACAGCCAUCACAAUCACCACGGCCGACACGAGCAGAGCGAUCACCAUGAUCAAUACAACCAUCAUUAUCACCGCCAGGGCCCCCAGAACAAUAAACUUGUUAACAGGAGCUACAGAAAUUAG